UGUCGGCGUGAGGUUUUAUUUAUUUAUAACUGAUUAAUCAACAAAAAUGAAUAACCCAGCAAAAUCUACUUCACUGUCCAGUGAUUUAAAUAACUUCAUAUAUGGAGUUUCAAGAAAAAACUUUCAAAAUGCUCCAGAACUGACAAAAACUGGCAUAUCUUUGCUGAAAUCCUUCCCAGCAGCAAGAGAUGCCGUUUUAGAAUAUUUUGCGAUGGUUUUUCAUGAUGCUGUUAAUAUUUCAGUGAACCAAGUUGAUUUUGAAGUUGAUUCCAACACCAAUGGAUCCUUAGAAGCUGUUAGUAUGAUUGGCCCAGAACUAUGUAGUCUUGGUGAAUCUUGGGCCCCUUUUGUAGCUCCAUGGUGCAUUACAUUGAUUAUGGAUAUUGCUACAGACAAAGCUAAUUUACCAAACUCAACUCUACAAAACACAGAGCCAGUAAGGAUAUUACUUGAUAUAACAACACAGAAUUUAAUGCUUCUCAACUCAGAGGAGAGAGCCAAAUGCAUUGAUAUGAUGUUAGGUUGCCGCGCGUGUUCCUGGGCAGUGGGGUGGGUGGGUCGCGCCGAACCUGGUCUCGUAGCACCUAGAGCACUAGCGCUAGGCGCAGAAGCAGCAAGAGCUGUGCUCGCUCACCUGGCGAACCACCCGCCAGCGUUGUUGCAUGUUAGAGCGGCACUCGUUGAUUUGUUUCAAGAAGCAAUAAAAGAAGACCCAAAAUCAGAUAAAAAGAGAGAUGUGAUCCCAUACUUAUUAAAUCUGGCUUCAAAGUCUGAUAUUGUACUAAAAGCUCUUAUUCAGGACAUAGAAACAACUUUGACAGACGCAGUAAUGGAUAGACUAUAUACAAUAUGCUCAAUUUACCGUCACAGUGGUUCAUGGGAGGGGGUCGGGCCAGCGUCAUUGGUGACUUUGUUGUUACGUACAGAUGUACACUGCUUUAUGAUGCUGUUGAAAUAUGCGCAGACUAAUCUGUUUUGUAGGCACUUGUUGGAAUACCUUUUACAAAAACUAGAAUUUGAAGUAAUGUCUCCUGAACGCCCAAUUCCACUAUUAACAAGUACUGCAGAGGAAAUAAAUAUUGUAAGAGAAAAGCUUUUAGUGGGAAAUCAGUUGGAACAGUAUUCUAUAGCUAGAAUACUCAUUUUAGUCUGUUACAUUCAACCAUCCGAAUUCGUCACCACAAUCAGUUACCUUCUCCAAUAUUCACGAAACGACACAACAUUAUCGCUCCUUGUUCGUAUAAUAUCUGGUACUAUAACAAUGCACACACCAAACGAUUCCACGGAUCUAAAUAUGGAUACGGAAAGAUACCAGAAUUUCAUCAAAACAGGAGUGGAAUAUGCGUUACGGGAUUCUAUGCUCUCUGACGAACAGAUUAAGAAAUGUUUUGUUGUGAACGAACACGAAAUGUCGAUCGACCAGAAAACGUAUAUGCAUCAUAUUUGUUUGAAUAUCACUAAAUUGUUGAGGUGGGAGAACUCAAACCGCGUGUCAGUGUUGCGCACACGCAGUAUAUGCCGCGCGGUUGAAGCGAAUUUGUACCGCAUCGGUGACGCGUUGCAACACUACGCGUCGUUGCUGCGUGCGCGCACGCCGUGCACUAUGGCAACAUUGUAUGAAAUGCCCACUUGUCAUGCUAUUGCGCAGGUAUUAGAUAAAGUCGAUCUAUCUGGAACGAAAUCUCCUCCUCCUAGUGUUGAAGUCAUUCUAAAAGUUGUUCAGGCAGUAGUUAAAUACUUUUUCAGAUGUUUACACGAAAAAGACCUAAUGGCUAAACUCCGCGGCGUUCAGUCCGCCAGUCGGUUACUCCGGAAGCUCUGUAUUCACAGCAAGCUAGCUCGUGCGAUCGCGUUACGGGAUCUCUUAGAGACUGCCAUGUUCAGGGAAGACAGGAUUUUCGGCAGUAAACCUGUUAUACCGAAUCUAUUGGCCGCUUCGAAGGAGUGGAGCAAUGAUGAUCUGCUGAUUUAUAUGAAUCAGAAGCAUGGUCCAAUAACACAAUUAACUCAAAGCCACACAUCAGUAUUCCAUGCUGGUAUAAUAGGCAAGGGUGUGAGGAAGCAAGGCAGUCAAGAUGACAACGAAAUACCACCAAUAUUGACUACUAAUAAUGAACUCUUGAUGGGCGCUUUGAUGUCUUGUAUGGAUGGCAACAGCGGCAUUGUUGAAGGAGCAACGUCAGUUUCCUUACUGCUAGUGGAGUUAGUGUCGCCAGAUGUGAUGUACAACGGUUUACCGUGGCCUGAUGAAGAUUUUACUAAGCAAGUGAGCAUAGAGCGCGAGCUGUACAUGCGCGGCGCGGUGGAGCGGUGCGCGGUGGCGCGCGCUGCGUUGCGGCGCGUGGCGCUGGCGCGGCCCGCGCUGUGCCUGUCGUCCGCGCUGCUGCGGGCCUCGGCCGCCACGCUGCUGCACAGGCUGCGGGCGCACUUGGAUCGGCACACACAAUCACCGGAGUUGGCGCGCGAAUUGUCCGCGCUGACAGAACUGCUGUCAAUAAUGACACUUGGACAAUUGUUGCCACAUCCACUGAGUCACAUGUUGGAAUUGGCGCCAGAAUUGACAGCUAGUGAGCUUGUUCAAGUAUUGCGAGAUUGUUUAUGGAACUACACGAGGGAUCACGUGCCGUCGCCUGCAUUAUUUACUUGUGAUGCCACAGGUCUUCAUUGGCGAGAUCCCUCAACGUGCAAGCCUCCUACCUCAUACACGGAUACGUUUCGUAUUAUUAUACAAAAAAGAAUAUCAAAAUUAGGUCAUAUGUAUCCAAUUAUGUUCUUAAAUCUCGAAAAAGAUGCUUAAUUAAGUUAUCACUUUUGUAAAUAUUGUAAUUAGUAGUUUAAGUAAUAAAGUGCCUGUAAUUAUUAGUA